AUGACUGCAAUUGAGAUUCCUAAGCUACAACGUGCAGCUAUCCGCCAAGGUCACGGGGAUUCUGCAACCGUGGCCGUCCAACAGAUCGAGGUUCCUAAACCUGGUCCCGGUCAAAUCCUUGUCAAAAUUGCAUGGACAGGUCUAUGUGCCUCCGAUGUAUCCCUUCUGCACGAUGAGUGGGAACAUUCUGGGAUCGCUAUGAUGCCUCAAGCACAUGGUAUCGCAGGCCAUGAAGGGGCCGGCACUGUUGUUGCUAUUGGCGAUGGCAUGCAUGAUCUUUGGAAGCUCGGUGAUCGAGCAGGAAUCAAGUGGAUUGCUACCCCGGGCACAUUCCAAGAAUACUGUCUAGCUGACGGGAGAUACUCGUCGAAGCUACCAGACGGGGUGAAGGAUGAAGAAGCCGGGCCGAUUAUGUGUGGUGGCGUGACUGCCUACUCGGCGUGCAAACGAUCUGGGGUUAAGCCAGGCCAAUGGAUCGUGCUACCUGGGGCAGGUGGUGGUUUGGGCCACUUCGCGAUACAAUAUGCUCGGGCAAUGGCUAUGAGGGUCAUCGCUAUCGAUAGCGGUGACGAGAAGCGCGACCUUUGUCUGAAGCUUGGCGCUGAAGAAUUCAUCGACUUCAAAGCUACAAAGGAUGUUUCGGCGGAGAUCAAGAGGAUCACGGCUCAUGGUGCCCACGGUGUCAUCGUGACUGCGGCAACAAAAGAAGCUUACGCUUUAGCCCCUUCAUUCCUCCGACCAAACGGGACUAUGGUUGUGGUGGGUAUGCCCAGGGAUGCAAGUUUAAUUGCAGGUGCCGCACCUAUUUCGAUGGUGAUUAAUAGGCUUAACGUGGUUGGAAGCCUUGUGGGAAGUCUAAACGACGUCAAGGAAGCCUUGGACUUUACCGUGCGAGGCCUCCCAAUUUUGUCGAAGGGAAAGUUGGAAGAUCUAGGUGCAUUUAUCAAAAGGUUGCAGGCUGGCCAGCUGGCCGGUCGUGGAGUCUUGCAGGUCGCGCCGUGA